CUUUCGUAUCAGGCUUAAUAAGUAUGGGACCGAAUUCCCUGGGCACCGGUUUGUAAGAAAGCGUCUACACAACAUUGAUCGUUCAGCAUGGCGGUGGAGAUAGAGUCAGCAGAUGUCGUUCGACUUAUUGAGCAAUAUCUGAAGGAGAAUAACCUCCUCCGAACACUAUCAAUUCUACAAGAAGAGACGGGAAUCUCAUUGAAUACCGUGGAUUCUGUUGAUGGCUUCAUCGGUGAUAUCAACAGCGGACACUGGGACACAGUGCUACAAGCCAUACAGACCCUAAAACUUCCAGACAAUAAACUCAUUGACUUGUAUGAACAGAUAGUGUUGGAGCUGAUAGAAUUACGAGAGCUGGGAGCAGCCAGGUCACUCCUCAGACAGACAGACCCCAUGAUUAUGUUAAAACACAACCAAAAUGACAGAUUCUUACAUUUAGAGAAUAUGUUAGCAAGGUCAUAUUUUGAUCCACGAGAGGCAUAUCCUGAGGGGCAGACAAAAGAAAAAAGAAGAAAUGCCAUAGCUCAAGCCUUGGCAGGGGAGGUAAAUGUUGUCCCUCCCUCCCGUCUUCUGGCUUUGCUGGGACAGUCCCUGAAAUGGCAGCAGCACCAAGGACUUCUUCCUCCAGGUACAACUAUUGAUGUGUUCAGAGGUAAAGCUGCAGUCAAAGAACAAGAGGAAGAGAAAUACCCCACACAGCUCAGUAAAACUAUAAAGUUUGGACAGAAGGCCCACAUAGAGUGUGCCCGGUUCUCCCCAGAUGGACAGUUCCUGGUGACUGGUUCAGUGGACGGGUUUGUUGAGGUCUGGAAUUUCACCACUGGAAAAAUCAGGAAAGAUCUGCGAUACCAAGCACAGGACAACUUCAUGAUGAUGGAUGAUGCUGUGCUGUGUAUGUGUUUUAGUAAAGAUUCAGAAAUGCUGGCCACUGGAGCACAGGAUGGAAAAAUCAAAGUCUGGAAAAUUCUAACAGGACAAUGUUUGAGGAAGUUUGAUAAAGCACAUAACAAGGGAAUUACUUCAGUGAACUUCUCCAAAGAUAACAGCCAGCUACUCAGCGCUUCUUUUGACCAAACCAUCAGAAUCCAUGGAUUGAAAUCAGGAAAAACUUUAAAAGAAUUCAGAGGACACACUUCUUUUGUUAACGAUGCUGUUUUCACCCAAGAUGGGCAUCAUAUAUUAAGUGCCAGUUCUGAUGGAACAGUAAAGGUGUGGAACCUAAAAACCACGGAAUGUCAGAACACGUUUAAGUCCCUGGGCGGUACCUCUGGUAUGGACAUCACGGUACACAGUGUACACCCCCUACCCCGACAGACGGAGCAGUUCAUAGUGUGCAACAGGUCAAACACCAUCGUCAUCAUGAACAUGCAGGGACAGAUUGUGAGGAGUUUCUCCAGUGGUAAGAGAGAGGGUGGGGACUUUGUGUGUGCUGUCCUGUCCCCCCGGGGCGAGUGGAUCUACUGCGUGGGGGAGGACCUGGUGCUCUACUGUUUCAGUGUCACCACUGGCAAACUAGAAAGAACCCUGACGGUUCAUGAGAAAGAUGUGAUAGGUAUUAGCCAUCAUCCUCAUCAAAACUUGAUCGCCACUUACUCAGAGGACGGCCUACUGAGGAUCUGGAAACCCUGAGGGGGCACCUGCUAGAUUAUCAAAUUACAGUGGUCACCCCAUUACAGAUUUCAUUUAUAGCAUGCAAUUAUCUGCAUGUGUCGUUUGUCAUUGUAUGGAGAGAAAUUGCUAUUCCUGAAUUAAAGGGAAGACAAUUUACAGUAUAAGGUAGAAAAACAUUGUGAAUAUUGUGAUGAAUUUUUAAGUAAAUAUUAACAUUAUGUCAUUGAAUCAUGUUUUUAAAACAUUAAACUCUUGAAGGUAUGUUAAAUCUUGUGCUUUAUCGGUGUUUUGUAUGAAUCGCUGAGGACUAGGAACUAUAUUUCUUGUGUAUGUGUAAUAUUUAUUUUGUAUAAACAAACUCUACAAACGUUACACAGAUUUUACCUCAGAAAAAGAAAGUUCAUUUGUGGUUAAUAAAAUUCUAUUUUUUUUGUCCCAUAAUUGAGAAAUUGGUAUGAACAGGUUUACAUCUUUACAACAAAUAUUCGGAGAAAUGAAAUGAAAAAAAAUCUUAAUGCUACUACAUGUACAUGUAGGUUUGGAUAUUGAAUUUCUUUGGUGGAUAUAUAUCUAAGCUGAAUCUUGAUAGAUCCAGGUGUUUUUGUAGCAAAUUAAGUAAUUUGAUCAAAAAGAAAUUGUUGCUCCAAGCUUUUCUUUAUAUCAAAGAUUCAUACAUGUAGAAUGUUUUUGUCAGUGAAUAACGAGGCGAUCCUGAAAACAAAAGUUUUUAGCUCACCUGAGCUGAAAGCUCAAGUGAGCUUUUCUGAUCACCUUUUGUCCGUCGUCCGUCUGUCCGUCUGUCUGUCCGUCCGUCCGUCCGUCUGUAAACUUUUUACAUUUUGAACUUCUUCUCUAAAACCGCUUAUCCAAUUUCAACCAAAUUUGGCACAAAGCAUCCUUAUGGAAGGGCGAAUUUAAAUUGCAGAAAUAAAAGUCCGAUCUGUAUUCAAAGCGGAGAAAACCUUGAAACUGUAGAAAAAGGGGGGUGCAUUUUUAAAAAUCUUCUUCUCACGAACUACGGACUCCAAUUCAACGUAGUUGAGCAUAAAUUAUCCUUAUGGGAAGGAAAAUAUAAAUUGCAAAAAUUAAGUGCUAAUUCUGUUUCAAAUCUGAGUUAUUACGAAAAUAAUAAUAAAGGAAAGGCGUGUUUCAGCUUCGAGUUCGGCAUCCGGUAAAAUGGGUAGGCAAGACUUGGCCUGGGCAAAACAAAAGAUUGGCAGUUAUUAAUCUGCCAAUCUCAUUAAAAUUUCAGGAUAUUUGAUAAACCAGUAUAUUUGUAUUCGCUGUAAAUAUUGCUGCAAAAUAGUGCGUAUUUGGAAUUGAUGAUUGCCGAUCUGCCCGGCUUUUAUUUUGCCACGGCCCGGGUUUGCAUACCCAUUUUACCAAGACUCGUACUCAUACUUCUAAAACGAGGUUCUUUGUUUAAAGCAGCCAUGACAUUAUACGAAAAAGGGUCGAUCUGACUAUGAUAAAUUUGCUUGUUAUGCAACAGUUCGCGUAUGAAGGGAAAUUUUUGAAACAUGCAAAAUAUAUUGGUGCCGAUUUUGUGAAGUAAAUUGAGGCUAAAUAUUUCAAUGCGUUGACAGUUUACACAUGACGUUGGUGUUAGCUUGUUCUGAUUUUCGUUUCGUUUUCAUUAUUUAUGCUUUGUAACCUGGGAACUAUCGUCUGUAUUUCGUGAUUUUUACGUAUCAAAUCAAACAGAGACUUCGGUAAAUCAAACAGUUAACUGUUUACCUGCGCAAAUUAAGCAAAAUCUGAUGUAUCAAAAGAGUACUGAAAUACAAUUCAUUCUAUCGGUAAUUCGGCAUUAUCUUUUGCGUAAUGGUAGAUUAAUGCAAUAGGUUUUGUUGAGGUGUUCGGCAUUUUCUCUAGUUUAUUCAGUUUAAAUAGAGUUUGAUAUCGCUAAUGGAAAUAUGUAGGUAUAUACAUGUAUAUAUAUGAUUCAUUUCGAAAAAAUAAAUUGUGUUCUUUAUUUGUUAUAGUGCAUGUUUCUUGUGUUUAAUUGUUUACGAAUUCUAUUUACUAACCAUAUUUGAGUGUUAAGCUUCGAAUUAUAAGCAAGAUACAGAGAUUUGCUCACAAUUCUAUGUUUGUACACAGAUCUUAAAAACAAAAGAUUAAAAAAGUAAAACAAUUGUCAAUAUUGAUUAAGAAAAUUUUCAAAGUCUGUUCUUCCAGAAACCAACUUUAACAACUUAUUGUAUUGUACACUUAACCUUCUUUCGUCAUUAUUACUCCUACUGUACAUGUGAUCUUUGACUGUGUUUGUGUACAUUUGUAUAAACUCAUUUUGAGCCUCAAAUACCAGUGAACUUGUCUUGAGUGAAUAAAAGAAUUUAAAAUCUUAGGCCAUUCUUUUUUUCCAUUUUAAAUGCUGAAUAGGAAAUACCAAGUUAAAAAUCUUAAGCUGAAUGUAAUAAACUCAUGUGAACAAAAUAUGACUCAAACUUAGGCGAACUUGAGCUCUGUAUCUUGCUUAUAAUUCUACGAUUGACGCUGAAUUUUGGUUGAACGUUAGAAAUUCUAUAUGAAUUAGAGUAUGUUAAAUACUUGUACAAACAAAAUAAAAGAAUGAUAUUCUGUGUAUACCUACUCUCUGGGGCCCCCUCUUUAUACAAUAAAUAAUGUAAAAUCUACAUCAAUUUUGAUAAUUUUCCAGACACGAGUAAAUAAAAACGACAUAUUUAAAACAGUUUCCAUAGUUCUGACACAUUUCUGUUGCGGGGAUAAAGUAAUUAUCGCUAUUCCUAAGAAAAUAUCACAGCGGAAAAUUAUCCUGGUUUGUACGCAAGGUAAAUAACAGUCAUUUAAUUACAAUGGAGAAGACAAAUUAAAUUUAUGAAUGUUUUUAAUUUGAGGAAUUGAGCACAUUGAGGUACAAUUUUCUUCUUCACAUCUAUACAUGUAGGAUUUUAAAAAUUGUUAUAUUUUUUCAAAAAUACAAUAACUAGUAUGUAGUUGAUGAAAAAAAUGUACCUAUAUGCUCUCAUAUAUUUUGAUCGCUUUACAAAGUGUGUGUGUGUGGGGGGGGGGGGG